AUGACAUCACCAGAAGAUGCAGCACCGGUCAAGCCUCCGCCAUCCUUCUCAGGAGCCCCUAUCGCCGUGCCAAAGUCGAGAUACGAUGCAGACUCCGUGCAGAGCUCUUCUCGGCCGCUCAGCUCAGAGAUACGAGAUCAUUCGAUCAUAGGCUCGCCCCGAGCCCCAUUUCCUCCCAGAAGCGGAUCUCAGUCUCGCUCUUCCUCUCCCAGCAACCGACUUUCAAGCUCCGCUUCUCUCCCCCACCGGUUAUCGCUGGGUUCACCACUCGGCAGUCUGCCAGACAGCUCUGAUAAUACAAGGUCUCUAAUAAUACGAUCCUUUUCUCCCGCGGUCGGUGUAUUCGCUUCAGACGAUACAGAGGAUUUAAUAAGACAAAAGGGAUUCAAGAAUGGAUUGAGAGAAGUUCUUAGACCCUUCGGCGAGAACAUCACUGGAAAGGUCGUCAUUAGGGAUAGUACUGGAAUGAGCCGUACCUGGGAAGAUUAUGGUGUUCGCUUUGUGAAUCUAACACCACGCGGUGACAGCGGAAGUCAUGCUACUCCCACAUCGCCAUUAGUACAGCUUGAAGAGGUACUGCAACGACGGCUCGAUUCUACGGACGAUUCAGCGAACAGAUUGUCACGACACAGUCAGGUACCGCUUACGAACAAAUAUCUUGCAUCUCCUUUGUACCAAUUGCUUCUACGCCGAACCCUAUCUAUAGACCAACCCACACCCCAUGAAACAUUCUUACAUCCGGUAGCCUGCGUGAUCGCUAUCAGUUCGCAUAAUAAGGCUCCCCUCGAGUCACUCCGACAGUUAUAUGCCCAAACAACCCAAGGAGAUACAGCGCCGGCCCCCUAUGUGCAUCCUGAAUUUCUCCGAUACUAUGUCUUGGUGCACGAUGAAGACCGAAGCGAUAUCGCAGAAUCCACCAAGCUUUACGAUCAGAUGAAACGCCAUUUCGGUCUACAUUGCCACCUUCUCAGAUUGCGAAGUGAUCAAUGCGUGGUCACUGAUGACGAUAGUCUUGAAGUACCGUCAUGCGAAUGGCUGUCCCCCGAUGAGGAUCUUUCAAGCUUGAACGAAAAUAACGCAUUGAUAGAUUUCGGGACUGGUGUUCAUUAUCUUUCUGAGAGCGACAUAUCGGCCAUAAAUUCUCUGGUGCGUGAACUUGUUGUUCAGUCUGUCAUACCCUUUAUGGAAAAUAAAGUUGCACUCUGGAACGACCAAGUGGCAUCAAAGCGGAGAGGAAUCAGCGGAAGGUUCAUGUCAAUGUCCAGGAGAUGGACUGGCUUUGGCUCCAGCUCAAAAUCGACCUCUUCCGGUACAUCCUCGGGCAUGACGGGAAAUUAUAAUACACUACAUGGCUUCUACAAACAUGAUGCGCCGGAGGCUGUCCUUCGAAAGCUUGCAGACUUUGCCUUUAUGUUACGGGACUAUAAGCUUGCUGCAUCUACAUAUGACUUGAUCCGUUCGGAUUACGCGAAUGAUAAGGCUUGGAAAUAUCACGCUGGUGCUCAUGAAAUGUAUGCAAUGAGCACACUGCUCAAUCCUCUGACAUCUGCUGCAAGAAGUAAACUCGAGGGAGUUGACCAGAUGAUUGACACAGCAUGUUACUCCUAUCUCACUAGGUGUUCCGACACGGUCAGCACUCUGCGCUGCCUUGGACUUGCUCUUGAGCUGCUGAAGUCCAGAGGUGGUUCUGCUACUGAAGGUGCGGCAAAAUGGGCAAUGCGUGCCAUAGAGUUGGGCCUCACUGGCCCAAUUGGGCAAGCACUUCUAACUGAACGCGUCUCGGCUUGUUACGCUUCAAAGACAACGACUGGUGGUGCCAAAUGGGGAGCGCGACACAGAAAAGCAGCUAUGUGGAGUGUACUUGCCACUGACAGUUGGCUGAGACUUGGUAAACCUGCACUCGCCUCCGUUUGUUUAGAGGACGCAGAUGGUCUAUAUGCAGAACUAUACGAUAAAGACGGCAUUGUCCCUAUGCCUGAGAUGCGGACGUUCAUUGAAAAUCUACAGCGAGCUGUCAAGCUUGAAUAUCUUGAGGCAAAGGGCGUCAAUACCGCCGAUGAAAUGAUGAUUGAUCAAGAAUUGGGAACAGAAGAGACUAGUGAAAAGCUGGACCACCGAACGAAUCGCAAAUCAUUAAUAAUGAAUACCGGUCCUCUUGAUGCUGCUCCUCUUAGCUCCAUGCCACACGACGGAAACAACUCCAACCCGCUUGAUGAUGAUUUUGAAUGA